UCUUUUUCGAUGCUUGGAACUACCUGUUCUCGAUAGCUAUAGCUUUCCUCUUUAUGUGGGAGUUUCGUGUAAAAUUAGGAACCGAAAGGUAUACGAUGAAGAAACUGUACACAAUAUUCCUGUUAAUAUAUUUGUCCACUGCUCAACCACCAAAUGACUGCGACCCGAAUUGGCACUCGUUGGAGACCCACGAGUCGGCUAUAGCCGAAUGUGGAUCGGUUUUCGAAAGGCGUUGCCUUUGCAUGAAAACGUGUUACGAGAACCGUUAUCAGUAUGUCGUUAAUUGCACGAACUCAGGUUUCCUCAACACAGAACCACUGGCACAUUUGCCCAAUGAAACACAGGUCCUUAUUUUCACUGGAAAUUAUUUGGAGGAGCUUCCAUGGAACAUCUUUGGCACAUUAGAUAACUUGCCUGACCUAAGGGUGAUAGACAUGUCGAAUAACAGGAUCAAGGAGAUCAGAGGGAAAGCGUAUCAUCAUGUUCAACGCGUUGAACGCCUUAUUCUUGACUUCAACAAGCUGUCUUUGGACCCUGAGAGAAAUCAUCCCAGAGUAUUCUCCAAUUUCGUUUCUCUGUUGGAACUCCACUUGACCAAUGCAUUUGAGCGUGAGAGGCCUAGAGAUCUAGCAGCUACGUUGCAUGAUAUUUUUGUGAACAGCAAUUUAAAGCAGCUAAUGAAGCUGCAUUUGGAACAGAAUGACAUCUCGGAAUUCCGAGACGUUAACGUGUUCUGUGACCUCCCAAGGAUUCUGGAUCUCUAUCUGGGCGAUAACGCUCUCACUGCUUUACAUUUUAACAUAUCCUGCCUAUCCAAUCUACGGUUCUUAGACCUUCAGCGUAACAAGUUCACCAAAGUCUUGGAACAUGAUCUCCAUGCCAUGGACGCAAUAGUCGAGUACAAUCAAAGCCUAGCAGUCGACUUGUCUGGUAAUCCGCUCGAGUGUUCGUGCAAGCUGAACCCCUUCAUUAAAUGGAUGAACAAGACAAAAGUGUUCAUUCGCAAUAAGAAUAACUUGAAGUGUUACGAAGGUAAGGCGGCGCAUAAUAUUCAUGAGACGAAAAAUUGCGCAACGAAAUUGUUUUCAACGGCCUCGCGUGGCACGACAAUUUCGCUAUUCUUUCUAACGCUGGUGCUGAUAGGAUUAGUGUGCGCUCUGAUUUACGUGCAACGCUCGAAGCUGCAGAAGAAAAUCGAGCCGAUACUGGAUUCGGUUAACAAAAGGGUGCGGUAUACUUCGAUUGCAACCGGUGACGCACGCGAAGACAUACGGAGGAUGUCAAUGUCGCAGCGUCUUCGUUUAGAUGAAGUUGUGGCGUCGUUUCCAGAACUGGGACCCACCGUUCCGGAUGGUGGUUACUCAUGGAUUGUCCUUUGCGGAGUGUGUCUGGUUCAGAUGACCAUUCCUAGUAUAUUAUCUAUGUACGGCAUAGUAUUGGGAUACUUAAGUGAAACUAAAGACACUGACUUAGAUCUAUGGAAUGAAGAAAUUAUUGUGACCCCAAUACUGUUCACUGCCUUUUGGAAUUUAGCUGAUCCUUGGACAAGGAUGAUUGUCAGCAUGUCAUCGACACCACGUUUAGUAGGAAUAAUAGGAAUAAUUCUCUUAGCAGUCGGCAUUCUAGCAACUGGUUAUCUCGCAACAGGUGGUGUUGGUGCAUAUUUAGCAAAUUCCAGUGCUGGUGCAGUAAUGGGAAUAGGCGCUAGCUUUGUAGUUCUACUGAGUGACUACAUUUUAAGAAAGAAUUUCAGAAAGAAGCUUCUUUUAGCUCUGACAUUAAAAAACGUGGCAACUUCUGUUGGCUAUAUAGUGAUUCCCAAUAUCAUAAAUUUACUCCUGCACAAGACUAACUUAAAAGUUGGCCUACAAUUGAUGACUCUGGUGCUACUGCCUACAGCUAUUGGUGCACUGACUUUCCACUUGCCUUCCGUGCAACGAGCUUCUCCUUACAGUCUCCUCUUAUCUGAAGAGGACAACGAACUUCCCAUAAGGAUCUCUUCGGAUAUGGUUAAGACAACUCAGGAUUCGAAUGGUGAACAUGACAGUGAAAACCUGGGCUACGGUGACACUGAGGAAACAACGAAUGAAGGAUUGUUCAGUGAAGGAAACAAUAUGUAUGCGUAUCAAGAACCAGAUGAUGAGGUAGACCUGUUUGUGAAUCCAGUUCAUUCCUCGGCUGGCAAAUGGAAGCACCAACUUCGUCCCCUGAAAAACAUGCGAUUUUGGUUGGCUAUUGUUGGCUGGGUAGGAAUGAAAGCGUGUGUCCUCUAUUUCUGGAUAUUGUUACCUGUUCUAUCCUCGAGGGUUAUAAAAAACACUUACGUACACGCAUCGUUGUGCACGAUUGCUGGUUUUGGCACCUUGUUCACAAACGUUGCGAGUUACAAAGUAUUGAAAUUAACGAUACACGACAGAAGAAUAUAUUUUGGAUUGACAGCCUGGCUUUCUGGAAUUAUUCUGAUAGGUUUAACGUACACGAGACGACCUAUAUUGAUUAUGAUUUGGGCUUUCUUAGGUGGUAUCGGUAUAGGUAGUUUAACGAGCUGUCAGGAUCUGGCUUUGUACGACAUUCUUGGCGUUGAAAUAAUGCGUUCGGUUAAUAAGGGGUUCUCGACGAUUGUCGGUCUAUGUAUACUAAUCUUCAGUUCCAUACACAGUGUAAACUUUUGCAUGAACAUUACAUCGGUUUUGCUAUUUCUCGGUGGGCUUUAUUGGCUUGCGUUGCCUGUUCUGAAUUUAAUGAAAGCCGCGGGAUCUAGACCGUCUCACGUGUCAAACAGUACGAGCAGGUCUGAGACGUAAUUCACGCAAAAUUCUACAACGCAGUAUUACAAAAACGUGGAUUUUACAUUACAUCUUAAUUUAAUAGUAUGUACAUGUGUCUGUAUAUGUAUACGUAUACGUUACAAUCGAUCACAACAAUCUAUUUUCACGGAUCCAUCUAAGAAAUAAAAAUAGUACAUAUAAAGUCGUAAAAAUAGAUAUUUCGUAGAAAUUAAAAAAUAGGUUUCGAAUCUUAUUUAAUAUAAAAAGGAUAAACAUGAUUGCAUCUUACAAUAGUAUCUUAAAAUGAUCUCUACGGAGUUCUCUUAUAUAUGUAUAUAUGUAUAAUUAUAAAUAUAAUAAUACAUUCUAGACAAAAUAUUAACACUUUUAUCACUUCGUUUGCAGUGAAUAUGUACAAAUGUUGAUAUUCGAAGAUUCAUUAAAAUGCACGAAGAUAAAACUUUAUUGCUGAUACUAUUUAGAUCGUAUACUCUCAAACGAUGAUUUUCAUUUUCUCAACAUUAAAGAGGAUUCGAAUUAAAUUACUUAAAAUACUAGAUCUUCUAUCCUAUCCUUACCAAUUAACUACAGAGAUAUGUAUGUACGUUUCGACAAAUCGUUUCACGUCAUUCAUAACAAUUGCUCUCGAUUUUACAGAUGAGUAUUCCGAACUUUAUGUAGACUUUUACCUUUACUCUCAAAUAUAGAUAAAUUAUACAAUCACAAUAACAGAGAUAUUUUUCAAUUCAUUUCCGAAUGUAUUGUUACAAGGCCGAUCUCUUUAUAUCUACACAAUGCACAUUAUUCAUCUAAUAUGAUAAUAUUGCUUCAAAUAUUAAUAAAUGUCGUGUUAUAAAAAGGGCUGUCCAAGCCACUAAAUGUGAACAAUUACUAUGAGUAUAUGGAUUUCAUAAAUAAAAUAUUCAUUUAACUAUAUCCAUCCUGUAUCUUCUAACUAUGUACAAGCACAUACUGAGCAAUCAGAGUACAUCUACACUCUUCUAUAUGGAAAUUUAGAUUCAGCUUUCAGAAAUUUUUCUUCUUUUUAAAUUUACAAUUAACAACUCGUAAAGUCUAUUCUCGAAAUGGGAAGCGAAAGGCACCGGCGUGCCAGAAAGUACAAGCAAGUAUUUUUCACGACUUGCUCCUUUAAAUCACAUUGAAGACACAUAUUUGGAAAUUAAAACGUAGAACUUAACUUGCAUCCACGAGUAGCAACGAGAUUUUAAGUUUCCCCUACUUCUGGAUCCUUCUCUUUUAUCUUGCUAGGUCCCGCGUUAUCGGAGGAAUUCAAAGGGAUACCACCGUUAGGCAUUCGGUUGAACUGUUUGUAACUGCUGACUGGUCUCGGAUUGUCCAACUGGUCGUAUUCCGAUUCAUCGUUAUUCUGUUUUAUUUCGUCGUAAACAUGCUCUACCUUCUUCCCGUCCAUUUCAUCAAUACUGUGGUACACGUUGAGAUUAGGAUUACCCAUAUCC